AUGUACUCUACGAUUAUUGCAACUACCCUCCUUGGUGCUCUCGGUGUCAGCGCCACCAACUUCACGGUCAAGGUUGGCGAGGGAGGACUUGCGUUUAGCCCACCAUCUAUCGACAAUGCCCAAAUAGGCGACACGAUUGCAUUCCAAUUUGUUGCGAAAAACCACUCUGUGACUCAAUCCACCUUCCUCGCACCAUGCACGCGGAUGAGCACGCCUGUGGAAGGUAUCGAUUCAGGAUUCUUCAGUGUCGACCCCGCCGCAACAACCCUCCCUGAAUGGAGCUUCACGCUCAACAACAUUAGCGCACCCCUUUGGUUCUUCUGCGCGCAGACCGCCCCCGUCAAUCAUUGUCAAAACGGCAUGGUCUUCGCUGUAAACCCGACAGCUGACAAGAGCUUUGAUGCAUUCCAGAACGCUGCAAAAUCGACAAACCCUGGUAACGACACCACUACCCCGCCACCAGCUGGCGCAACCUCUGCUGGGGCUCCUGGUGCCCCGCUCAGCGUUGCUACUGGUGCCCCAACCUCUGCCUCCGAUACUACUUCUGGCUCUCCCACGAACACAGGGGAGGCGGCUCCCGCACAAUCAAGCUCUAGUGCAGCAGGGACCGGAGGCAAGGGAGCUGGUAUCUUGGUCGAGCAUGUAUCAUGCACAAAGUCUGGGACGACGCUUUUGGGAACAGUUCACUUGACUGCUCACCACCUCAUAUUUCGAUACGAUGACCAGACUGUUGAGGAGAUGUGGGUUCCGUAUCCAUUGAUAUCCCUCGUUACACGUCUACCUCAGACGCUGAAGGGACAAAGCCCCCUUACAUUCCACUCACGAACUUUUGAGACAUUCACUAUCUUCUUCGAUAGAGAUGUCGAUGCUGGAGACGUCUUUGAAAGCGUCAAAGCCCUUACAGUGACUACCUCCGUGAAUCAACUCUAUGCCUUCUUCUAUAGACCCGAACCUCCCUUGACCACCGACAACGGAUGGUCGAUAUACUCACCCCGAGAUGAAUUCAUGCGCAUGGGUAUGGGCACCAGAUCGAAGGCCUGGCGGUUCACAGAUCUCAACAAGGAUUACUCUUUUAGUCCCACAUAUCCCGCACGCCUUGUCGUACCGACCAAAAUUAGCGACGCGACACUACAAUAUGCUUCUAAAUAUCGAAGUAAAGCCCGAAUCCCGGCGCUGACAUACUUACAUUGGGGCAACUUUGCCUCAAUAACCAGGGCCAGUCAACCCAUGGUCGGAAUCACUCAAAACCGGUCUAUUCAGGACGAGAAACUCCUCGAGGCCGUUUUCCAUUCCCACCACGCACCGUCUCAGCGCGUCUCCACUGCACCCAUUUACGGGGCUACGGCCACGAAUUUGAUAGUUGAUGCCCGUCCUACUGCCAAUGCUGUAGCGAAUACUGCGAAGGGCGCUGGCACAGAAAACAUGGAUAACUACAAGGAUGCAAAGAAAGUGUACCUGGGAAUCGACCACAUACACACGAUGAGAGACUCGUUGGGUAAGGUUGUUGAAGUACUACGCGAAGCAGACUCCAGUCUCACCGUCAGCAACGACUUGGAGUCGACGCCCGCGUUCGUUUUGGAUAAGCAAGCCCUUCGCCGCUCUGGAUGGCUUCGACACAUGACCGCGCUCUUGGAAGGAACUCUGAUCAUUGUUCGCAAUAUUCACGUCAACAACUCGCACGUCUUUAUUCAUUGCUCGGAUGGAUGGGAUCGCACAUCCCAGUUGUCAGCCUUGGCUCAACUUUGCCUCGAUCCGUAUUACCGUACAAUACGCGGCUUCCAGGUAUUGGUGGAGAAAGACUGGGUUUCGUUUGGGCACAAAUUUCUGGACAGAUGCGGUCAUCUAUCCUCUGACAAGUUCUUCGUCACUCCGCCUCCAGAGUCAGGGAACGCAGCUGGGGGAGCCGAAGCUGCUCAAGCGUUUUUGGCCUCUGUCCAAAAUCGCUUCGCCUCCCAACACCAUGUGAAAGAGACAAGCCCAACCUUCCACCAGUUCUUGGAGUCCAUAAGACAAUUGCAACGCCAAUUUCCGAAGCGGUUUGAGUUCAAUGAACGUUUCCUUCGCAGGCUGCAUUAUCACCUAUACUCGUGCCAGUUCGGCACAUUCUUGUUCAAUACCGAGCGUGACCGACGAUGCAGCGAAGAUGGACCACCUCCAUGUGAGCAGACGGUCAGCGUAUGGGAUUUGUUCAACUCCGCCCCAGAGAUGGAACAGAAUCGCAACCCAGAGUACGACCCUUCCCUCGAUGAUCCCACCAAUCGCGACACUGGUGCCGACAUGGGCGUACUUCUCCCAAAUCCCAAAGAUGUACGAUUCUGGCACGAACUCUAUGGUCGGACUGAUGAAGAAAUGAACGGAAGAGCAAUCGUGGCGCCUUUGAUUCGGGACGUCGAGGAAGUGGGUCCUAUCGAAGACGCCAACGAUGACCCGGUAAUACGGACAGCUACGCCUGCCUCCGUCCGUUUGCCACCUUCUCCGUCCAAACCUGCCUCCCCUUCAUUGCCACCUAUCAAUUCCCUUAGCCCCGCGCAACCGCCUUCUCGCAGCACUUCUCCCUCGCGGGGUAUAGGGUCCAAGAUGCUCGAUCUACCUGCUGCAUCUUCGUCCAGGGAGAUGAUGUCUCCUUCGGGAACUAAUUCAACCCCGUUUAAUUAUCAGCGUCCGAGCUCACCUUCGCCUCCAUCGAGUGCUUCCCUUCGAGGUACUCCGACCAAACCUGGUGAUUUCUUCUCUAGUGGCGGCGUCAGGUCAAUGUGGGGCAAGUUAUCCUCUAAUGCAACGGCCGCCUUCUCUGUCGUGCAGGAAGUUUACCAGGAAGUCAGGAAAGAUCCCAAGGUUCCUGAAACCUCUAAAGCAGCUGAACUACUUGGUCGGAAUGAUUUGGGUUCUUGGAACGACGAGCAGAGGGCGCGCAAUAAUGUCACUCCCCCACUGGAGUCGAACCCGUGGGCCAGCAACACGGCACGACGUUCUCCGUUACCUCGAGAUAUACUGAGUGAGAAUCCAUGGAACUCUGUCGGAAUCAGUGGCACUGGGAUUGGAACGUCCGUAUCGGACACAAAUUUGUUUGCAUCGCCAGGGCUGUUCCCUCACGAUCCAACUAUUUCACGUCCCACACCCAGGUCCGCCUCACUUGUAUCUUCACAGUCGAGCAAGGUUACGGGCGCAGAGAGUGUGGGGCAGUUUACUCCGUCCCCUUCGCCUUCUGACUCUGGUUCCAGCGCGCAACCGUCUGCCGCCGCAAUUACUAGUCAAUCUGAUCCUCUUGGGGUUGGACUGUUGUAA